CUCUCUCAAGGGUUUAAGGCAUUGUUUGGGUUUUACAUUUACCACCUUGCCUUUCCCUUCCCUCAGAGAGCAAAGAGUAGCAGAAACUAAGAAGAAGAAGAAGAAGAAGAAGAUGGUGGGGUUUUACCUUCUUCUCUCCCUUCUCCCUCUCAUGGGUCUUACUGUUGCAGGUCAAGAAGAAGCUUCUUUUGAGUUGGUACACCUCCAUGAGCAAAGCCAACAAACCAUUCCCCUUCUCACCCCCUACUCAACAAACACACAACCCACUGGGGUCUCAGUGAGUAAAAGAGACAUUUUUAUGGUCUCUUCAAGUGUUUUAGCAGCAGAAAAUUGGCUGAGGACCCAUGUGCUAUCUCACUUCCCAUCAAAGAACAUCACCACAAUUGUAGUAGGAAGAGGCAUUCUCUGCAACAGGGGCCGUGAGCAUUUGUGGGGCUUGAUCACUCCCUCUGUGAAGAGCCUGCACUACUCUGUGGUCAGAUGGGGCCUGGAGAAGGAGAUCAAAGUCGGCGCCGACUUCUCCGAGUGUUUACGGAACCCCGCAUUGCUCUCCAGCUUUGAACUCAAGCCUCUGUUGAGUUUACUACUCCAAGAUGCUAACUUUGUGUGCUUGGUUUCAUCUUCUCAGUUGGAAGUUGUGGAAAGGUUGGGUUUUUAUAGGAAUGGAAACAUCAGGGUGAUGAAAGAGCCAAAACCCAUAAGGAGAAAGUUGUAUUCUUUGAGAUUUGGCUCAAAUCCAUUUGGUUUCGAAGCCUAUGGUAGGCGCCACAAGCCCCCUUCUUUCCCAUUCCCACCACCCCCUGCUUUGGCACCCAAUUCCCCACCUGAAGCCUUUCCCGUUCCCGUGCCCGUUCCUGCGAACCCACCCGAUGUGUUCCCGGUCCCGCCGAUGCCUCCGUGCCUGGCGGCGCCAACAGUGGCGCCGCCCCCGGGGUCGGGGGAGGAGGGGAUGGGGGGAUUGUGGUGUGUGGCAAAGCCGACGGUGCCGGAGGAGAAGCUGCAGGAGGCGAUGGAUUACGCGUGCGGGGAGGGCGGGGCGGAUUGCGAGGAAAUUAAGCCUAAUGGGAGUUGUUAUUAUCCGGAUAAUGUGGUUGCGCAUGCUUCGUAUGCUUUUAAUAGUUACUGGCAGAUGACGAAGCAGCGCGGAGGCAGCUGCGGCUUCGACGGGACCGCACUUCUCGUCAAUACCGAUCCUAGUUUCCUCCAAUGCCGUUUCGUACUUAGUUGAGAUGGUCGUGAUUAGUGCUUAAAUCAGUUUAACCAGCAUCGCAUGAACCGUUUGAAGAUAAAAGGAAAAAAAUGCUCUUCUGGACAUGUAAGAAAGGAUGAUGGAAGAUUUGAAACUAGCUUUUGGAUGAACUGAAUUUCAUUUAUGCUGGUCUUUUUUUUUUUUUUUUAUUUCUCCUUUCGUUUUUCCCCUUUUUAUUUUGGUUUUGUACUUCAUCUGGGUGUUUACUGAACAUGAUGUUAGUUAAGUAACUAAUGACUCUUUAGCGUA